UCUGACCAGAAGACCUGUAUACCAGACCAUAUACUAAUGGAUUAGCUGCUGGUGCAUCAAACAAAUGUUGGAAAGAGGAGGAGAUGUAGACAGAUUAAGUUAGCAAAUAAAUUGCUUAUAAUCAUUAGUAAACACUCCCGCUAUUAGGUCAAGUUUAUCUACAUGUUAAUACAUUUAAUUUUUUUAUGUAGGCCUAUUUAAACAGUUGACUUAUUUUAUUUCCAUGGCGGUCUUUAUCCGUAACCGUCAGUUACACAGUUAUUCAAUACCCAUCACAGCCCUACCCCUCUGCUCUUUCUGCAGCUCAUCUAUGCAUACCUGAGUUUACAGGCCCCUUCCUCACGUGGCAGUGUAGAGAUGGUAGAACCCAUAAGAACUGACAACAUAGCUUAACUUUGAAAUAGCGUAGGAAAGGACACCAUUGAAUAGCAUCUCCUACCAUUCAUAUACUUUAAAACCUCUUGGCCUUGUGAAAUGUCUGUCUCAUAGAAAUCUUGACUUAUGAUGACACUUCUAUUGAAGGAUAGAUGGCCCUAAAAAAAACUGAAUUGAUGCAAGCUACCAGACCAUACAGUUUAUUUCAAAGCAGCACAUACAGGUACACCAUCCUGAUUUGACCCUGCUUCUCACAGCAGGAAAAUAAUCUUGCAGCAACAGGAAACGUAAAUUAUUAUGUGGAUUAUUACAUUUUUGUAGGGGUUGGGGCAAAUCAAGUCAUUAGGGCAAAUUUUUAAGUGGAAAUGACAAACUUUAGAUUUUGCAUUUCCUACUGUGCAGGAAAAUUCUAUGUGACAAAAGAGUGAUCAAAUAAAGAUGUCAGAUCUGUAAAGCUCAGUACAUGAGUCAUGCACCUUACUUUCCUUCCUCCUUUCUCUCUCUCUCUGUGUGUGUGUGUGGAGAGAAUAGAUACUCUUUCCUCCCGGUUCAUAACUCUAUCUUUCAGACUGAGCCUCCCAUCAUCCUAACAGUUAAGCCAGUGCCUUAACCCUACGAAUAGAUGGAAGUGAAUGGGUGCAUGGCUGCUAUAAUCAAGCCUGUGUGUAUGAGCAUGCCAGGCAGGGUAGGACAGAGUCAGUGAGGCCAGCCAGUCACCUCAAGAAGGAACACACAGCCCCCACUAUGAGGUCAGGCUGGAGCCCUGUAUGUCUUGACAGUCAAUCAGGGUUGCAAAUGUGGGAAAUUCGUUGUGAAAAUGGACUGCAACUGAGUUUAGGACAUUAGUCAUUUUCGGUGCAUUUCAACCGUUCAUGGGCUCUGGUGAAAUUCAUGCCCAUGUAAAUCUCUGCAGAGAAGCAUUCAUUUGAGGCAUUGAUUUCAUGGUUUAGGUGCAGGGGGAUGCUGGCUUCCUUAGGCAUUGUGUUAUCACAGAAAUACGAUCCAAUGGUUUCAGGUGAGAAAGCAAAGUAUAGGCUAAGCGUUUCGAACUGAAUGACUGUCGUGUCAUGACUGGCCACGGUCUUCAAGGUUGAAAAUAUGUUGAAAGUGAAACAAUCUUCUGUUGAUGGUGUUGAAACAGAGCUCUGGUUCAGCAUGCCUAAUGCCUAUAUGCCAUAAUGAAACGUGUUUUCCUCAGGUUAUGUAAUGGGAAGCUCCCUACUUAAGGAUUAAGCCUAAAUGGGAUAAUCACCCUCUAGACUAGAGGUUACCAGAGAGACAUGGCUGGCCGCGUUCACAGGCUGAAUUGCGUUAGGUUCACGGUGGAGUAAAACCAACAAACAGCUAUGCCGUCUUUCAUCUUUUAUGCUAAUUGUCUACAACGGGCCCAUGAAUGGAGCAAAAAUGAUGAGCGCCUCAUGGCAGCUGUGGAACAUGGGGAGGUAGAGAAGGUGGCCUCCCUCCUCACCAAGAAAGGAGCCAGCGCGUUCAAACUGGACAGUGAGGGCAAGUCAGCUCUCCAUGUGGCUGCCACCCGUGGUCAAACUGAAUGUCUGGCAGUCAUGCUGGCCCAUGGUGCAGACACAUCUGUCAUAGACGCCUCAGGUUUUAGUGCUUUACACCUCGCUGCCAAAAACAACCAUCAGGAGUGUGCCAAAAAGCUUAUACAGAGUAAAUGUGUGUUGGAUACUCUGGACUGCUCAGGGAAGACAGCCCUUCACCACGCAGCUGCCAGUGGAAACAUUGUGAUUGUCCAAACCUUAUGUGAGCGCAAGUGUCCAGUGAACGUCAGAGACAUGGAUGGCCUCAGCCCCCUGCUGCUGUCCGCCAGACACGCCCAUGCUGAUGUUUGUAGCAGCCUCCUGGACUGGGGAGCUGACGUCAACGCGUGUGAUAAGAACGGCAGGACAGCAGUGAUGCUGGCCAGUGAGAGCAGCAGUAUGUCUGUAGUGGAGGUUCUGGUCCAGAGAGGAGCUGUUCUUCAGGCUGUGGACUCUUUGGGUCAUGACGUUCUGCACUACGCCAAGCUGUCUGGCAGCAGUGAGAUCAGGGCCGUCCUCACUGCCGAGUUGCACAGUGCACACUCAGACAGCGACACCCCAAAGUCCCCCAAAUCUCCUCAGCAUGAUCAAGUGGCUAGGUUAGGUGGCGAUCGAAGCACAACUCCCAAAAAACGAAAAGCACCUCCACCUCCCAUUAGCCCUGUGCAGAUGUCUAGUCCCAACUCUCCUGCGUACAUGACCCCAAAUGAAACUCCAGUCUCCAGUAAAAGUUGUGGAUUUAAAACAUUUAAUUAUAAGGAAGGGGAGUUGCAUGGCAUGUCUCAGAGGGAGGAGGUGGAGAAGCUACAUGAGGAGAAGUGCAUGCUGCUGGAGACCAUUGAGAAUCUGAAGCAGAUUGUGGACCAGACUGUGACUAUAAGCCAGACUGAGACGGAGCCGGGGCAGGAGCCCAAGGCAGAGGACUGUGGGAAGGCAGACUCAGCUCUGGUAGUGGCCCUACAUGCCAAGAUUACAGCUCUGUCUCUGCAGAACCAGCAGUUAGCCCAAAUACUCAAGAAGCGUCCGUCACCCCAGGGAGGUGAGGUUAGCCGAGAGGACUCGUCCCGCCCCAACAGUAUGAACUCUAAUGCCUCCUACCACAUCACCCACAAGUCCCCCAGCGAGUCCCUGCUCCAGCCCCAAGGGACGGAGGAGGAGGACAUGUCUGAGGGGUCUGCCCUGGAGCUCAGUAGCUCCUCCGUGAGACAAGAGGAGGAAGAGAGUGGGGAGCGAGGGAAGGAGGGAGGCGAGGAGGAGAUCCGACUGCUGAGGGAGACCCUAGGGAGAGUCCACUCCAAACUGCAGGAGACGCAGAAGGAGAACCUCACGCUCCAUGCCAGGCUCAAACCUGAGCAGGGGGAGGUGACAGGGAGGGAGGGGGAGGUGCUGCUGGAGAGUCUAGCAGAGCUCCAGGCCAAGCUGACGGAGACACAGGAGAAACACCAGCAGGCCAGAGAGGAGGUGCUGGCCCUCAUGGCACAUAUUGAAAGAGGAGAUAGUGGAGGAAGUGAAACGACAGAGCAAGAGCUCCAGAGACUGAGAAGCUCUCUGGAGCAGGAAGUGAAAGAGCUGAGGUCCCAGCUGGCCCAGUCAGAGCAGCAGAGGGAGAGUGAUGUAGGCCGGAUCAGAGAGCAGGAGGCCAGGCUGAAGGCAGCAGACGACAGCGGUGAUCGGGAGAAGAGCCUGCUGGUGGACCGGUACAAGGAGGCGCAGGAGGAGAUCAGGAUGCUGCAGGAGGCUCUGAGGGGGACGGUCCCCGUGGAGGCUGCAGCUACAGACUUUGAGGAGAUGAAAGGCGAGCUGGGGAACGUGAUCGAUGGGCUGCAGCGCCGCCUGCUGGAACUAUCCAAGUCCUACAGUGAGGCCAAGAGUGAACUGAGCUCCACCAGGAACCAUCUGGAGGAGAUCCGGGCUGUCAAGUCUAAGCCUGGCAUCACUGUAGCCUCCCCAGACAAGGAGCAGGCCAUGCUGAGAAGCAGAGUAGAGGAGCUGCAGGCAUCGCUAGCCGACACACAGAGCAAGUACUCAGCCUCUCUGGAGGAGAUUGCCCUCCUGAAGCAGGAGGCUGAGGCUCAGGAGUCAGUGGCGUUAUCUGACCACACCCAGAUGGUGUCCUCUCUAGGCAGCACCAUCAAGGACUUGGAGGCCCAGGCAGAUGCUCUAAGACAACAGCUGUCCCAGAGGACCUUGCAGGUGGACACCCUACAGAACAGACUGACCAUGGAGAAGGACCACACACCGGAUGACUCUAUAUCACGGCUGGAGCACGAGCAGAUGAGAGAGGGCCUGGAGAAGGAGGAGGGCAACCUGACGCAGCUCCUCCAGGGGGCCCUGAGGAAGCAGGAUGAGAUGGCUCUGGAGGCGGCUGCAGCGUGGCAAGAACUGAGGGAGGGGAGGAGUGAGAGGGAGGCCCUGCAGGAGCUGGCCAUCAGCAGGGAGAAGGAGAACCACACUCUGAGCACCAAGCUCAGAGAAGCCCAGGAUGCAAUCGUUCAGCUGAAGAAACUGGUGGAGGAACAUGUCAGCUCAGAGAGAGAGAAGAAUAAGAAGAUUGAUGACCUGUCGAGAGAGGUGGGGAAGUUAAAGGAUGCCUUAAACAGCCUAUCCCAGCUGUCUUACAGUGCAGGCUCAGCCAAGAGACAGCAGACCCUGCAGCAGCAGCAGCAGCUGGACAACCUACAGCAGCAAGUCAAGCAGCUGCAGUACCAGCUAGGGGAGUCAAAGAGGCAGCACCAUGAGAUAGUGUCCGUCUACAGGAUGCAUCUCCUAUACGCCGUCCAGGGUCAGAUGGAUGAGGAUGUUCAGAAAGCCUUGAAGCAGAUUCUGAUGAUGUGCAAGAUGCCAACAGAAGCCAAAUGAAGUGUCUGAAAUGGAACAGCCUAUCUGUUUACUGACCAUGCUGGAGAGGAGACGCAUGGAAACUAUAUCCUUGGUCUCCUAACCUAUCUGAUCUAUCACACUACAGUGCACGUGUGCCCAUCAAAAGCAAAGAUAAUUGUAAAAAUAAAAAUAAAAGACAUUCUUCAUCUGUCUACAAAUGAUGUCAGCGGGGAGCUAUGAAGACAAAGGUAGGAUGGCAGUCAAUAGAUUCAACUGCCAUCCUACCUUUGAACUAGCAGUGUUCGUUUUGUAAUGUUUUUUAGUUUUCUAGUCUGGCUAACACCUAACUCGAAGUCCUCGACUUCACAGUGUGAAAAGGCUAUUUUGAUGUUGUCGGCACGACCACUCACAGCCCCUGAGCGCCGUCCCUUCCAAUACAACUGUUACAAUACAACUGUACAAUUUUCAAAUCCAAACAACGUGAGGUCUCAACCCCCCAGGAAAGAAGCCAUUUUUGAGGGAACCAAUCAAAGCUCAACCCAUUUCAGCGCAAAUACUGCAUUUACGAACAGACUCCUCUCCAGACCAUUGUGUCACAGCUCUCUUUCAGCUGUGUACCAUGUGAGUCGCGUCAGCCAGGCUAAUGGUGUUCAUGAUAUAAUCAAAAUCAUUUUUUAGAUCUCUGCAUGCAACUUCCAAAAUCAACCAAAGAAGAACACUGCUAAACGCUUUAGCGACAAGAUUUUUCAAGAUACAUUUAUAAAUUAAAACAAAGUCUGGCGGUUGUAUUUUUUAACAACCCUAUUUGGUGGUUUUUGUAUGAAUUCAAUAUUGUGUGUGAUAACCUAGGCCCUUUUUAGUGUCUGCAAUCUGUGAAUGCCAAUUUUACCCAAUUGUGGGUUUUCGUCCGUCCUCAUUUACACCAUAUUCCCUUGGGAGUCUUUUUAACUCAAUAUGACUGUAUGAACCGAAUUGACUUUUAAAAUAAUGAAACCCACCGUUCGUUGCUUCAACAAUUAUACUCAUUGAGCAAUAAUCCAGUACUUGAAGGGUGAUGUGGUAUCAGAGCUCUGGGUAGUCUCUCUGAGGACAGAACAUACCCAUGUGACUAAUGCACUUUCCUCAUGCUGUCCUCCUGUUCAAACUCUAGUCUGCAAGAAUAUAUGGCCUCUGCAGAUUACCUGUUACACCUUUGAUUUGUGCCAGCUCUUUUUGUGUUGAAGCCUGACAGAUUUGUCUUGAUUCUUGAAGGGUUUAAAAGUUAUAUUGCAGUGUUCUUCUUCCGUGCUUUUGUAAUAUCAUUAUAGUGUAAGCUGUAUCAGGUAUUGUUUCUUGAUUUUUUUUGGGGGGGGGGGAUGAAACAUCCAACCAUUUCAGUGUUGGUAUGGCAGCAUGUGAGGCUCUUGGGAUGUUGAGCAAGUUGCUCAGCCUCAUUCAAUCCACUUCAUCCACCUACUUACUAUACCUGAGCAGUACAGUAUGUAUUGUAUUGCAUUGUGAAAUUCAUUACGCAUAAGUAAGAACUCUAAUCUCUCGAUGACAGAUGCUCGUAACAUACAGUAAAUGGUAGUAGCAUCUGUCCACAGACUGUGGGAUCUGACGACUAACGAGAAACUUUGUACCGGUAUGCAGAUUUUAUGUCACUGAUCGUUUGGACAAAUCACGAUUUCGCAGGUGCCCACAUCUUUAAAAUUUCAGAAGGGGAGGGGAUAUUUGACCCCUAGACUUGCCCGAAACUGGCUGAGAGUUUAUGUAUAGAGGGGGCGAAAACUUCGCUAGCCUCGUUAGUACCUUUUCUAACACAUCUCCCCCCCAAAUUUAAACAAGCAUCUGAUACAAUCACUUAAGAUUUUAGUACAGUGUGUCCUAGAUAAGUAUGGCUCCAAUGUGUCUGUGGUGCUGUUUGUUGUACUGUAUUACGUUUAAAUCAAGUGCUGUAUGAUCUCAUUGUAGCCUGAUAAGUGUAACAACUGCACUAUUUCAGCCCUUCACUUCCACUGUUGUCCUCUACAAAUCAUGUCUUUUCAACAGCCUAGGAAAUCUGAACUCUUUUCAGUUACAAGCAACUUUACGGUUGUACAACUGCAAUGUUACAAGGAACAAUGCAGCAGAUGCAUCCAAUGAUAAAUAACUGAGUAUGUUAGUGGGUUGAACACACAGGAUUGUCACAAUUACAUGGAAUGUGACAUAUCUUACACACAGUGUACUUCCAUAGAAUGAUCACUGUGAUUGAUGUACAAUUACAUCAGAGCUGUGAUAUGCAGGAUAGCUCCAGAUAUGGAUGACAUACUGUACAUAUCCCAAACCCACCAAAGUGCUGUACUUGAUGUUCUUAUCAUACAUUUCUGCACUUAAGGUUCCUCUGAUGCUGCACUGUAAACGUUUUUUUUUACCUGGCAGUAAGUUACUGUAAAAAGAAAAGUACAAUAUGUUACCAUAAAUUCCAAAUAAACUUUGGUUUAACAGUACAUACUGUACUUUUUAAUUUUUUUUACAGUAACAUACAGGUAACUAGCUGCCAGUAAGUUACUGUAAAAACUUUUUUUUUUUUUUACAGUUUUUGUUUACUCAUGCAGCCCAAUUCUGUUCUUUUCAAUUCUGUUCUUUUCUAUUGAGCUGCCUGUGUAAACGCAGCCUAAAUGAUUUAGGAUAAUGCACUACAUCUUCAUACUACUCAUUGGAAUACAUUUCGAAAUGAUUACCGUUACAAUAUCUAUGAGUACUUGAUCUUUUAGACUAAUAAGUGCACGGUACAGACAGGAGUGAAGUUGCCCCUUUAUCACAGGUCACUAAGGCUGUGUUUAGACAGGCAGCCCAAUUCUGAUAUUUUUUCCACUAAUUGGUCUUUGGACCAAUGACAUCAGAUCUUUUCCCAUCAAAUUAUUUUCAGAGCUGAUCUGAUUGGUCCGUAGACCAAUUAGUGAAAACAAUAUCAGAAUUGGGAUGCCUAUGUAAACGUAGCCUAAGAGUUUCUCAAAUAACUCUUGUUAAUAAGGUAAAAAGAAGACUCCUCCCUCAAUGACAGAGAAGUUAAUAAGCAUUGCCUGAAUGUUUUAAAUUUAGAAAGGGAUAAGGAAGGAUACAUGUCCUUUGUGCUUCCUGUUUUCCAACUUGUUUUUGUAAUUCAAACAGAUUUUUGUGUUUGUUUGCCAAUUGCUUUUCACCCACUUCAAUAAAUUGUGAAUGCCU